GUUCAGGAGCAGAAAGCGGCCCCCUCGCGACUGCCUGUGCUCGACUCCCAGACGGAUGCGCUUCUUGUCUGUGGCCUGUCAUGUCGCGGAAUCCGAUGGACCGCUCCCGAUCUCAGCUGCAACCAGUGAGCAGGGCUAGCGUGAUUAUCACUUCACCCCCCGUGGCUGGCAUGAGCGGAGUUGCCACAGAUCCAAGAGACCAGGGUGGACUCGAUGUCUGGCUUGACAACCGACUUGACGGAGCACUAGGAGGAAAGAUGUGUCCGCUGUCCCGUCCUGUGAGCAAGUGCGAUGAAUGGGACAGGGAUGGAGAUAUGAAGAAUGGCUUUUUCCAAACUGCACAAAAAAUGCUCCAAUAUAACAAGCUUCCCAUCAAAGAUGAGAUUUGGGAACCAAAUGCAUGUCUACAGCAGAUCUCUUCAGAAGUUGACCAUCGGCUGUUUCGAAACAGCUUCAGUACCAGACACGAGACAUUUUCACCAAUGCACCUCUCGCAAUUGGAAAGCAAUGAUGUCGGCCCUGUUGCUACUGAAUCGCAUCAAAUUAAAGAAGAAAUGUGUGAGAACAUUUCGGCCCCCCUUAAAGAAGAAGUCACCAAUGACGAACACUCAAAUCACUUUAAAGACGAGGAUUCUGAAGAAGGGUCUUCUCCCAUUAAAGUGGAGAUGUGUGAAAAUAACUUUUUCUUCAAUAAACAUGAGGCUCCCGAGUAUGAAAUGGUCAGUGUUAAAGAGGAGUUCUAUGAGGAAGAGGUUCUUCCUGUUCAGAUAAAAUCCGAGAUGUCUGAUGUGGAACCUGAGGGUGAAGAUUUCUUUACUGGCAUUUCGUAUGAGGAUGGCAGAUUACAAUGGACGCCAAACUACCAAAUGGAAGAGGAUGUACAAAAAGAACCCCGAAAUUGGAAUCUUAAUGAACAGUCAGUCCAAUGGACUGCUGCACAGCGUCAGCUAUUUUAUGACCUCAACAGAAAGUUCUUCUGUGGAGAAUGUGGAAAGAGUUACAAGGAGAAAUCCGGUCUACGAAGGCACCAGAAGACUCACACGGGAGAGAAGCCACAUUCAUGUGUGGAAUGUGGGAAGGGGUUUAUCAUGGCCUCGGACCUCAAAAAACACUACCGAACUCACACGGGGGAGAGGCCGCAUGUAUGUCCGGAAUGUGGGAAGGGCUUCAUUAGUAUAUCUGAUGUUAAAAAGCAUUUGAGAAUACACACAGGAGAGAAACCUUAUGGGUGUGGUGAAUGCAGCAAGACCUUCAGUCGUAUAACAAACCUUAGAAAGCACCAGAGAGUCCACUCAAGGGAAAGACGGUAUAGCUGCUGUGAAUGUGGCAAAUCCUUUGUUACUUCCGAAGGUCUUAAAAGACAUAGAAAAAUUCACAAUGGCAACAGACCUCAUGUUUGCCCCGAAUGUGGAAAAAUGUUUGGUAAGAAAACCAGUCUCAGAAACCACCAGAGGAUUCACACAAGUGAGAAGGUGCAUCACUGUCCCGAUUGUGGAAAGGGUUUCACUGCUCGGACUUUGCUUAAAUCACACCGACACAUCCAUAGCACUGAAAAACCACACAGCUGUCCUGAAUGUCACAAACUGUUUGGAACAGCAGCGGACCUUAAAAGACAUCAGCGAAUGCACUCGGGAGAGAAGCCCCAUCUUUGUCCUGAAUGUGGAAAGGUCUUCCUAACAGCCUCUUACUUUAGGACCCAUCAAAGGAUCCACUCUGGAGAGAAGCCGUUCAGCUGUACCGAUUGCGGAAAAAGUUUCAUAACCUCUGAAUACCUUAAAAGGCACCAGAGAAUCCAUACCGGGGAGAAGCCAUAUGGAUGCACUGAAUGUGGAAAAAACUUCAUGAGGAUAACUGGCCUGAAGCUACACCAGAGGAUUCAUUCUGGAGAAAAACCUUAUGGCUGCACAGACUGUGGGAAAAAGUUCAUAACUUUAAAAUGCCUAAAAACGCACCAGAGGAUCCACACGGGCGAGAGGCCGUAUACUUGUCCUGAAUGUGGCAAGGGCUUCCGACGGAUCAGUAGCCUCAAGAUCCAUCGACGGAUCCACACAGGAGAAAAACCGUACCGCUGCACUGAGUGCCAGAGAGCAUUUGUCACCCUCCAGCACAUGAAGAUCCACUUACGAAUUCACACGGGCGAGAAGCCAUAUUGCUGCCACACGUGUGGGAAGAACUUUCGGCGUUUAGGCAGUCUCAAGAUCCACCAGAGGAUUCAUACUGGAGAGAAACCAUACACUUGUGGGGAAUGUGAAAAGAACUUCAUCACUCUGGAGCACCUCAAGCGCCAUCGGAGAAUUCAUACUGGGGAAAAGCCCGGAGCUGGGGGACAGGCAGUCGUGCCAUUCCCUUUGGUACCAUUUCCUUCGAGCUCCCUAUCAGCGUGAGACAUUGACAUUUUGGUUUAGAUGGAUUCAGUUGAUCUAAAAAGAUUUGAGGAAUGCGGGCUCAUUUAACUUUAUGUCCUGGUCACCGUCAGUUGAUAUAAGACCUCUCUGAUUUUGAAUAUGGCGGAGGAAAAGUCUCUUGGGUUUAAUUAUGCACAACUAAUUGAAUAAAUACCCAAGAACUUUAGAAACAAUAGGAUGGUGUUAAAUUCUAUGGGCUGUAUUGUAAUAAUCAAUGAAUUACAAUGAAUGAAUGAAUUUGGAUAAUUCCAGAUGAAAGUAGAAUACAUUAGAAGCUAUCAGAUGGUGUUAACUCCAGGACUUUGUUUUGGAGUACAAAUGAGUAGCACUUAGUCCAAACGCUCGUUUUAGUUAGCAGAUGACACUAAAUAAGGUGUCUGGUCUCUUCUUAACAUACAGCAUGGGUGCCUGCUUCAGGUUCUGUGAAGGAGGGCUUCCAGUUUUCAAUAUUAAACGUUUUUCCCUUUUG